AUGGAUUCCUUAGAAAAUUCCCUUCAACAAAAGUUCUACCUUCUACCUAGCGAACUUCACAGAGAGGUUUCCCAGUACUUGCCUCCAGAAGAUCUCAUUAAUCUCAGCUGUACAUGUUCACUUUUAAGACCAAUUUAUUCUGCAGCAUCAUGGUUACAUUGCACAGUAACUCCUAACAAUGGAAUUUCGGUUAUUGAAUGCCCUUAUUGGAGUCGAAUGGUACCAUUAAAAACUUUUCUAUAUCCAGAAAGAUACACUAAGUGGUUCCACAAGAACCAUGUUCAAAUAGUAGUAUUAGAACAAGAUUGUCUUCGGUACAUGAUUGUACACGCAAAGUUUGACUUUGCGUGGGUUUGUGAAGCAUACCCAGCACUAAGUUGUAUGCGGAUUGACUACUCUCUUUACAAAAUGUCCCCAGAAGAACUGGAAAGCUUGACGCUCAAUCAACUGUUUAAUUUUGCUGCUGACCCAGCAUUUGUAAAUUUAAAUCUUUGCGGAGAUAUCAGUUUAGUGUGCCAAAUGCAGCGUCCAGAGGUGGUGCAAAGUUUAGAGAUUAAAUGGGACAAAGGUAUGGGACCAUUUGACUGCAGCUUCCCCAACUUUUGUAAUCUUGAGUGCUUUGUUUUCAAGCCGCCUGAGUACUUUCCAAUUAAUCAAUACAUGAAAAUUAUGGAGAAAGUAGCCUGUUUACCGAAACUGCGUCAAAUCGAGACGCUGCAUUAUUUGACGGGGCUUUCUCACAAUACAGUAGGGGUUCUGGCCCUUUUGCCGACUGACUUGGAAUACUGUGAAGUUCAGCUUUCAUGUCGAAAACUAUGGCGCGAAAGCCGGUCCAAUAUAGCUCCACUGGAGCUCCCACAGGUAACUCAUUUGAAAGUUGAGGAUCUCAGAGAUCCCAGAAUGUUGAGUAUGCUUGCGCAUUUCCCGCGGCUCACUUCUUUUACAACCACACGGUGCUGCAUAUCUAAUAGAAGAACCAAUUUUGAUCAGCCAAUUUUUAAUUCGGUAACAAAGCUAGUAAUUUAUUCGAAAACACGCUCUGAUGCAUUUCGUUUUGCUAUGUGUUUAUCGAAGUGUGUAAACCUAAAAGCUUUGACCUUUGUUCCGAUUGCUCUCAAUUACAACUACUAUAGCCGCUCAUGGGCAGCUCCAAAGAUUGCCGCUGAGGUUGAACGGUUUUACAAGGCAAUGGUAGAUGGGAAGGUGGACCGUUGGGAUUCUACAAAGGAAGUUUUGCGCAAGACAAAGUUUGUUUCAAGCGAUGUACCUGUUGCGCCGCUAAUAAAUAUGAUUGCAAACCCCUUGAUCAAUGCCAGUAACCCCAACAUUGACGCCAUUGUUUAUAUGCAUUCGCUCUGGGAAUACUUUUUCACGUGUAUCGAGAAGCUGCCGGUGUUAGAAUACCUGGCUGUUUCUGAAUACUAUGUGUUGCGCAACUGUAUUAACUUUAGAAGUAUGUUAAAGUCUACCAAAACACUGAAACAGGUGUUAUUUUCACCUGAAAAAGAAGAUAAAUCUUUUAUGGAAACGUCAGAUCUCGGUGAUUUUAUUGUGAAAUUUCCAGACGAAAGCCAUGUUCUUGAUGUGGAGCUUUUGAUGCGAAGUACCAGAAGCAUCAGCAACAACAAUACUCAGUCUGGCCAGCACCCUCCAUUAAAUGACUGGGGACUAAAUAGUUGUUUGCGAACGUUUCCCUUGGUACAUGGAAAUGGAAAUAUCCCAAUAGCCUGGCAUCGUGGUUGGGACAAGAUAAGAUAUGGGCCGGCUGCAGUGGCCCGACAUGGAUUUUCAGGGUGGUUGCGGUGA